AUCCCAAUGUUUUUUCUUCCCCCAUUAAAACCCCAUCAAAUUCCUUAAAAAACACCUCAACUCUUCCCCCAACCCUCUCUCUUUCUCUCACUUAGUCUAUGCCCUAUUAAAAUACCGCCUUCUGCCGGUAGUUUUUGCUACAAAACAUAGGAGGAAGAGAGAAGACAUCAAAAAACCCUUUUCUCUGCUUCUCUCUUUCUCUGUCCGUGCUCAAGGGUAGAUGUGUUUUGUGCUGUAAAAUCCAAUCUUUACCAUUUGAGGAAUAAUCUGAGAUACCCAUUUCGUUUUCUUUGCUGUAAAUGCUGUUUUGUUUAGUGGUCAUUGCUGUUUUCCUCACUGCUUUACUGGUAAAUCUUGAGGAUUCUACGCAAUCUGGCUGGACUCACUGGUUUUGCAGCUGCUGAAAGUUUUUUUAGCAAAGAAUUUUGUCCCUUUCCAUCAUCAUGGAAGGGGAAACUUCGUGGAUCAGUCAUUGCCCUGAUUACGUUGCACCAGACAUGGUUGAGUUUGAUUCAUUUUCAGAGCUAAAUGAUGAAGACAACAGAGAAGCUUCCGUGGUUCUUGUGGAUUUGAUAUUGCCUGAUGAUCUAUUGGAACGAAUAUUGGCCUAUCUUCCCAUUGCGAGCAUUUUUAGGGCGGGUUGUGUGUGCAAAAGAUGGUAUGAGAUAGUGAAGUCAACAAGGUUCUUAUGGAACUUCUCUCAGGUGCUGUCCCAAAAACCGUGGUACUUUAUGUUUACAAGCUCAGAGGAACCAGUUGGUUAUGCCUAUGAUCCUUCCCUUCGGAAAUGGUAUGGUGUUGAACUCCCUUGCAUCCAGACAUCUAAUUGGUUCAUUGCUUCUUCAUGUGGAUUAGUUUGCUUCAUGGACAAUGACAGUAGAAGUGAGCUAUAUGUUUGCAACCCGAUAACCAAAUGCUACAAGAGCCUUGACGAGCCUCCUGGUCUCAAGUUCUCUGAUUACAGUGCAUUGGCUAUCUCCGUAAACACGAAAACUUGCUGUUACAGUGUCACCAUUAUUAAAUCUAAGCAAGUACCUGGUAACUUCUUUCAGUGGGAUCUCUCAAUCCACAUAUACGACUCUGGAACAAUGAUGUGGGUAACCCCUUUGACUGAGGUCCUAACUGGGUGGAGAGGUGGGGAUGAAAGUGUCAUCUGUGAUGGUGUUUUGUACUUCUUGAUCUACUCGACUGGAGGUGGUGGUCCAGACAAUCGGCACGGCCUAAUCACUUACAACCUCUCAAGCAGAUCAUCCCAUGGUUUGUUGAUAAGGAGUUUCAUUCCAGUGCCAUGUUCUCUAACCUGUGGUCGAUUAAUGAACCUCAAGGAGAAGUUAGUAAUGGUGGGAGGGAUCGGCAAACCAGAUCGGCCUGACAUAAUUAAGGGGAUUGGCAUAUGGGAACUUAAUGGCAAGGAAUGGCAAGAAAUUGCCCGUAUGCCACACAAGUAUUUUCAAGGUUUUGGAGAAUUCGACGAUGUUUUUGCCAGCAGUGGUACAGAUGAUCUCAUAUACAUUCAGAGUUACGGAGCCCCUGCUCUUCUUGUUUUUGAUGUGAAGCAUAAACAGUGGAGGUGGUCACAGAAAUGCCCUGUGACAAAAAGGUUUCCCCUUCAGCUCUUUACUGGUUUCUGCUUCGAGCCAAGGCUUGAAGUGGCUCCCUGAUUCUGCACUUCAGUGAAUGUAAUUGGUGCUCCUUAGAAUCAUAUCUUACCUUUUCUCUCAUGUCUUUUUGAUUUUGUACUCCUUUUGUUAUUCUUUUCUUCCCUGCCAUCCUCUCGAUACAAAGAUUUCUGUGUUCUUGAAAGGUUUAUACAACAUGUACCGGCCGAUGAGGCUGCUAAUUUAUGAAAUGAGAAUAUUAUUAAUUGUUUUUUGCA